UGUAAUUGACUUUUUACAUAAAAAAGAAGAGGGUUUACAUUUUUUUCUGUCUGGUUUAGCUAAAUAUUUAUCUUUUUGAAUAAUGUAAAGACUCCCAUCUAGAGCAGCUGUGACUGUCAGCGUCUGCGGUUUGAUCUCUGUAGUCCACCUGUUGAAGUGCCCGCGGCUACAUAGUGAACUUAAAGUUGAACCUAAAGUGCUCAUUGUGUAAAAAAAAAAAAAAAAAAAAAGAGGAGGGGAAAGAGUUUAAGAAAUGUUACAUGGACGUAGCUAGAAUUGAGUGUUUCCUAUUUUUUAUUCAUUUAAUAUUUUGUAAGUUGUAAACAUUGUAUUUAUUUGCUUUUUAUUUAAAUUGAAAUGUGUCAAAUUAAUAGAACAACAUUGCCCUCUGGCGGUCAAACUCGAUACUCUUCAUUAAAAUUGAACAACACUGCCCUCUAAUGGUUAAAACCAAACACUGCAUCAAGCUUGACUGCAGCAUGACCCGGAAGUAGACUCGUGUUGUUGCCCCACGUGUGUAUGCUCGGAAUCAUGGCUGCGUGCAGCGUGGAGGAGCUGUUGGCGAAAGCCGAACAGGAGGAGGCUGAAAAACUGAAGACCAUCUCCGUCCAGAAGGAGCUGGAUUUGGACUUUGACGUGGGAAACCUGCUCGCUUGCGACAAAAACCGCAUCGAGUCCAGAGACUUCAAGGAGCAAAAGAAGGAGGACUUUCUCCGGGCGCUGGCCCGUGACAACACGCAGCUCCUGAUCAACGAAAUAUGGAAGCUGCCGACCGAGAGGGUCGAGGAAGCGAUUGUGGCCAAACUACCGGAACCAGCGACCCGGUUACCCAGAGAGAAGCCGCCUCCGAAGCCCAAACCUCCAACCAAAUGGGAGCAGUUCGCCAAACUGAAGGGCAUCCAGAAGAAGAAGAAGACCAACAUGGUGUGGGAUGAAACGGCCAAGGAGUGGAGGCGACGCUGGGGCUACAAGAGAGCCAACGACGACACCAAAGACUGGCUGAUCGAGGUCCCGCAGACCUCCGACCCGAACGAGGACCAGUUCGCCAAACGCGUCCACGCCAAGAAGGAGAGAGUGGCCAAGAACGAGUUCAACAGGCUGAAGAACAUCGCCAGAGCUCAGAAAAUAAAAACCCCCGGUGUGGGUCUGCUCCCCCGAACCAAGCAGUCCAAAGACGAGCUGAGCCGAGCUGUGAGUGUGGCCAAGACCUCCACGGCCUCCGCGGGCAGGUUCCAGGACCGACUACCCAAAGAAAAGCCCCCCAAGAACGCAGGCAAGAGGAGGAAGUUCGAGCCUCUCAUCGGGGACUUCUCCAGCGAGAAGCAGAAGCAGCUGGAGCUCCUGAAGGUCAUGGACAGCAAGAGGCCCAAGCUGGACAUCACCAAGGCCGUGAACAAACAGAUGAGAGAGGAGGACAGAGAGGAGGCCGCGUCCAAGAGGAAAGGACGCAAAGGGGGGGCGGCCGGGAGGCCCAAGGGGAAGGGGGGCAAAGGAAAAGGAGGCAGAGCUGGAGGAGGGAAAGCAGGAGGAGGAGGGAAGAGGAGAGGGAAACCUGGGAAACGCUGAGAUCCUCCACAUCCUGCCGCUAAUGAACUCUGAGGACUGAUGCCAGCUCCCCCUUUGUAAUAUUGACAAAUAUAUUUGUAACCUCCAGCAAUUCAAGAAAUAAAAACUUAUACUGGA